CGUAUUUAUUUUAGCUGGUAGUGUGUAGUCGUGCCGUCCACGAGGAAAAUAUAACCAAAAGAAACACGCUUUAUUUCCAUUAACUCACAUUAAAACUUCUAGUUAAUUCGAAUCUGAAAUGGCAAACGAUGGAUCAACGCAACUAUCAAAAAAUCUCCUGCGGAUGAAGUUCAUGCAGAGAGGGUUGGACGCAGAGGCGAGGAAGCAGCUGGAUGAAGAGGAGAAGAGAAUCAUCAGUGAUGAGCACUGGUUCCUGGAUCUGCCUGAACUCAAGGCCAAAGAAAACUACAUCAUUGAGGAGAGAAGUUAUGUUCCCUGUGAGGAUUUGGUUUAUGGCAGAAUGUCAUUCAGAGGCUUCAAUCCUGAUGUUGAGAAAUUAAUGGUUCUGAUGAAUGCCCCUAAAGACGACGAUGAUGAUGAUGAAGAUGAUAAUGGUAUGAGCAGAAUGGAGACCGAUAUUACAGAUGAAGAGAUGGCCCGAAGAUAUGAAAGUUUGGUUGGAAGCAUGAAGAAAAAGUUUGCAAAGAAGCGAGAUCGUUCCGCAAUCACAGAUAAACAAGAGGACGUGAACUGCAACGUUGUUGAUCUUCAACCAAAAAAGGCGUUCCUAAAGCCUCAAGACUGAGAGAUUUUAAUCGCACAGCUGCGGGCACUGUAAAUGAUUUAUUUUAUAAGGAAUGGACUUUUUUUUUUCUUUUUUUUUAACAUUUGGUUUUAUUUGUUUAGCUACAAUGAGGAAGGGAUUGUUAAAAUCUUUUUUUUAUGGAAAAGAUACAGGACUUGGAUUUGGUUGUAAGUUUAUAUAUUUUUCCACAAUUAAACAUACCAUCAUGAUCCCAGGAAAAAACUAAAUGACAACCCAUUUUUUUCAAGAUAUGUGGGCUAACUCUUUAAACAUUUGGCCCUUAUUUAUUGAGUUUAAGUAAUGGUUCACUCAAAAAUGACAUUUCUCACUGUAUGCAUUCAUUCUAUGGAAAUGAGCCGAGUGAACAUUCUUCCAAAACUCUCUUAUAUGAGGUCAUGCAGGUUUGUAUCAACAUGACUGUGUAUAAAUGAUGAGAGAAUUUUCAUUUUGGGUGCACUAUACCUUUAAAAAUGUUUGAGAUAUUGAGGUCUUUACAAGGAGACAGAACUAAGCUCUAAAAACACUGCCAUUUGGAUUUAAAUAAUCGUUGUGAUCGGGGGUUGCUUUGAUUGGUCAGGUCUAGACUCCGGCAAUACAAUGAAGUCAGUAAAUGUACUGAAUGUCCGGGUUAUCCCAUCAAUGGAUUUUGUCUUUCCUGAUGUCACGGACAUAUUCCAGUAUGACAAUGCCAAGAUUCAUUUGGGUAAAUUUGUGAAAGAGUGGUUCAGGGAGCAUGAAGAAUCAUUUUCACACUUGAACUGGCUAACAAAGAGUCCUGACCUUAACGCCAUUGAUAGUCAGUUAAUCAGCUAAAGGCAGUAUUGAUGAUGGGAGAUUCAAACCACUUCGUAAAGUCUUCUUCAGCACAUCCCAUAGACUUUCAAUGGGGAAUAUGCUCGUGCUGGCAGGAAGGAAAAAAUCCAUUGAUGGGAUAACCUGGUCAUUCUGUACAUUCAGGUAGUCAGCUGAAUUCAUUUUAUUGCCUCAGAGCGUUGUUGAGCCUAGACAUGACCAAUUGAAGCAACUCAAGAUCAUAACCAUUAUUUCAAUCCAAACUGCAUUUAAAUUUAUUUUGGCCAGGCAGUGUAUGUGAAAGCCCCAUUUACAUUUUUGCCACAUGGACAAAAAACAAGUUACAUUAAAAAACAAAAUGCCAAAAUCGAGGUUACAGUGAGGCACUUCUGUAUAAUAGAAGUGAAUGGGGCCAAUUUUGGAAAGGUAAAAAGCAAACUGUUUCAAAAGUGGAACUCCCAAGACAAACAAUAUGUGCUUUGAUAUGAUUUUAGUGAGAGAAAAUAAUUUACUAACCUUUUCUGUGUAAUGUCAACAAACCCUAAAAUAAUUGUAAAAAAAGACAAUUUAAACAACUUUACUGCUCAAAUAAUACAUAAGCUUCACAUUUCUACUUUUAAACCCUGGGUAUACUGAUUAAAUGUAAUCUAGAUUAUAUAAUCAGAUUACAAAAAUGAGUACUUGUAAUUGGACCACAUUUAAUUUCAUAAUAACAUUACUUAAUUAUGGAUUACAUUCUUGAUUACAUUACCAAUUAGUCAAAGGCAAUAACUAGUGCGUAAUUUACUGAUUAUUCUCCUAAAUUUUAAAAGUGUGUUCUGAGCCAGUUGUUAAAUUACAUACAGAGGUCUAGCCAGGUAGCACUACAUAACACUGAAGUGUGUCCCGAUGACAUAACCCCCCAAUUCAAUCUUAAGCGCUUAGAGGUUCUCUAUUUUUCUAUAUGUGUAUAUCUAUAUGGGGAUUGAGCACAUUAUCCAUAUUACCAAGAACAAAGUGAAAUCAAUCAGUCCACAACUACAGCUUCCUUUACUGAAUUCAUAUAAAGUGGCAGGAAAUCAUUGAUUUAUUGCAGAAAAGCCAUAGCAAAAUGUAAAUACUUGUACGUACUUGGAUGUUUCAUGAAUAUCUGAUAAUAAAUGGAUCAAUCAGCUAUUUUAAUAAGCAUUUCGCCUCAACUCACCUUAUUUAACAAUGAGCACUCACUUCUGAAAAUUCAGCUCUAGCUGGUAGCUUGAUUUGGAACAUUGUAGCUGGUCCUUAGCUGGUCGACCGGCUACCAUGU